ACCGCAGUCACUUACGUGGGUGAGCUUUACAAGGAAGCUUUUCCGAGCUCAAACCUCCCAGGACAUCCGCGGUUCGAAAGCUUUCCUCGGACAGACAGACAAACACGCACCGAAGCGCAGGUCACGAUGUUGGUUCUAUGUUUAUGUUUUGCCCUCUUGGCAUCGACCUCCGCCGUCCCUACUUCCCGCAACAGAGCUUGGGCCAAUCCCCAGCUCGCAGUGGUGGAGUACGAGGCUCCCCCCAACAGCCUGGAAUCCCUGCCAGUCAGCCAGCUCCUUAGGCACUCCCCGGCCAACGCUCAGCUGCUCAGCAUCAAGCCUGCCUUGACGGGGAUCAUGAGUCGACUUCCAGACAAUGCCACCCUCCUCAGACCCAACAUCAAGGAUACGUUCUCGUGCAGUGGGAAGACAUACGGCUACUACGCUGAUCCAGACAACGAUUGUCAAAUCUUCCACGUCUGCCUGCCUCUCCACUCGCUUUACCCAACCCUUUUCAAGGCUCAAACAACAUACCACUUUUCGUUCAUCUGCGGAAACCAGACCGCCUUUGACCAGGCGAGCAUGGCCUGCGUUCACCAGGGCAGCUUCACCUGCGACAACCCGGAGAUGUACUACUACCUCAACUACAACUUCUUCAGGAAGGUCAAGACACCCGAGGGCGACGAAAGGUGGGCGUGGGUCAACGAAGAUGUACCCAAUGGCCUUGCGCCGACGAAGCCAGGCUCCACGUCUGUCUCCGUCUCUGUGCCUGUCCCCGUGCCCAGCGGGAGGAAAUAGAAGGCCAAGGUGUCAUCGGGUUUCCUUCUUAUGCAACCCGGACCACCUGUUGCAAGGAAAGCGCUUUGAGAGCUGUCUUCCCUGGCCGAUUCUUGUUACUGGAACUUUCUUUGGCUUUUUUUUUCAUUGUUUUCGGGAAGAGUCGACAAGGUCCUGUGACUCUGGUGACGGUCAUUAUUUCCUCUUGUUCACUUCCUCCUUCCGUUUCGCUUGUUCUUUCUCCUUUUCGUUUCUCGUAGUUCUUCCCAGCAAUGUGUUCACAUUGCAAAAGGAUGAACUGACUCGUUUUGCAUGCGCUAAACUGCAACCACUUGGAGGAAGCGCGUCCCUGCCUCCAAGCCAAGAUCAUCUGAUGACGUGUGCAUGGUGCAAGCAUGUGUGCAGUGUACAUCGACUUAUAGCGAUGUUCGUGUUACAUAAUUUGCACACUUGUCAUUUUGAUACUUUUGUAAAUGCUUUGUUGCGGUUUGGUAUUUUUCCUUUUGUUUUUUAUUUUUGUUAUACUCUUUCCUGCAUUUCUGUGAUGUUUUUCUUAUUGUUGAUUCAAAUGUUUAGUCAUCACACGGGAAGUAAAAAAAAUAAUAAUCCCAUAAAUCAUUGUUUUCGACAAAUAAAAGAAAAGACGAUC